AACAACAGUCAUAAAAUAAUUGAGCCCAUUCAGUCUCGAUGCGCUGUGGUGCGCUUCAAGAAGCUUACGCAUGCGGACAUAUUGAAGCGGCUCACUUACAUUAUUCAGCAGGAGAACGUCACUUACACCGAUGACGGGUUAGAGGCUUUGCUGUACUUGGCAGAGGGCGACCUUCGUUCCGCUGUGAAUGCCCUUCAGGCAACGCACUCGGGCUAUGGCAUGGUGAACGCGGAGAAUGUCUUUAAAGUUUGCGAUCAGCCGCAUCCCCUGCUCGUGGAGAGCAUUAUGGAUGGCUGUCUCCAGAAGAAGGAUUUGCCGAGUGCACACAAGGAACUGCAGCGACUUUUAGGCCGCGGCUACGCGGCCUCAGAUGUCAUCUCCACCUUUUUCAGGACGGCACAGAAUCCGAAGUUGUUCCGCAACGAGCAGCAGCAACUGGCAGUGCUGCGCAUCAUUGGGGAGACAACCAUGCGGAUUGCGGAGGGCGUUGGCACACCGCUGCAGCUUGCCUCGAUGCUGGCUCGAAUCACAAUGGUCAACACGGACUGA